AUGAGAGUGUUAAAUUGUCUAUUAGACAAUUGGCAUUGGCCGAGACGCGUGCUCGGCAUCUCGAAACUACCCACUUUCGAAUUUUUUAAAUCUAUGCAUCCUGACUUAUCGCGCAAUCAGUUAUUGAAUCAAUUGAGGAAACAGGGUAUAGACACCGAUGAGAUUCUCACGGAACAUCAUCGGCAACUUGCCUGCGAGAAAGAACUUGCGCGCAUUCUACGUAAUCUCGACGUCAGUUAUCGAAUUAUGAAAAGAAUAGGCGACGCAAAGAGAUGCAUAGAUUGGGCCGACUUGGUGAUCGCAAUCGGUGGAGAUGGCACCUUUCUCCUAGCCUCCAAGUUGAUAACGAGUAACAAGACGCCGAUAUUCGGUAUUAAUCCGCAUCCUGCAACUGACAAUACCUUCGUACUGCCGAUCGUGCAUAACGUGGAUAUGGAGAGGCUAUUCGAGAAAUUGCGCGCGGGGGAUUACACUGUCUUGAUGAGAAGUCGCAUACGUACAACAAUGACAGGCGAAGGACUGUAUCGACAGCCCUUUCAUGUGCAUGAAAAGAGUCGCAGGGAAGGUGAGAAAAGAGUCGAGUGA